AAUACCAAAAAACACCAAAACUGUGCAUUUUAGAGAGUGCCCGUGCCCCGUGAAGCAUGAGGGGAGUGUCCCCAAGGAGUAUGUCAGCACUAGGUGGCACAGGGACACGGAGAUGCCACCACAAAACAAGAUCCCUGUGGGUGGGGCACAGCUCCGGGUCUGGCUGGGGAGGGAAUGUCACUGCCGGGGUGUGCCAGGAGCUGUCCCUGGCUCAGGAUGGCUGCAGAGCCAUCACCAGCUGCCCCUGGUGUCCCGGGAGCUGGCACAUCCUGUCCCUGGCACAGGGAAACUCCCCCAAAGCCUCUCAGCUUUCCUACGAGCCACCUCUGCCUCGGGGCGUUUGAUGUCAGCGGGUCCAGCCGGUCACCUGAGCCCCCUCCUCCCCAUCCUGCCGUUUCUCUUUCCCUUCCCUGUGGCUUUGUGCCGUUUUUCCCCCUCUGCGAGCUGAUGUCUUUCUUUUCCCACUUCCGUAGCUACGAACACCCACAUGCCUUAUCUCCUUCCCCCAUCCCAUCCUGAAGCCUAUUUAUACAGAGCCUGGCUCCUGCCCAGCCUGCCAGCGACGCCGCAGGAGCGGGACGGGGCUGGCAGCGCCCGCAGCCCAACAUGCUCUGGGCUGCUCGGGGAUGUUUCCUGCUCUGGCUGCUCCCGUCCAUCCUCAGAGCCCGGGCUAGCCCGGAGACGAGGCCCAGCUCCCCGCUGUGCCAGCAGAGCCCCACGAAAGCGUCUUGCAAAGGAGUUGGCCUGCGGAAAUUUCCCAAGGAGCUUGGCCAAGGAAUUAAGUACCUUGAACUCUCCAACAACUUCAUCCAAACCCUGUCAGGCAGCAACAUGCCAGGAUUUGGGCAGCUGGAGUACCUGGAUGUGUGCUUCAACCAGCUGGAAGCUGUAUCAGCCACCGCCCUGGCUCAGCUGCCUCGGCUGCGCUCGCUCCUCCUGGGAUCGAACCGCCUGGACCGGAAUUACCUGGCUAACGGGGAAGCUUUCCAUCUGCUCAGGAAUAUAGAGGUCCUGGACCUGUCUGUGAAUAACCUGGAGAGCCACAUGGCCAGCUGGUACAUCAGCAACCUCACCAGCCUGCGGGUGCUGGAUCUCUCUGGGAACACGAUGACCAAGCUGCUGGCAGGGACCUUCCGGAACUCGCCGCGGCUGCGCCAGCUCGACCUCAGCAACAACUACAUCAUGGAGAUCCAGAAGGGAGCUUUUGAGCCUCUGGAAGAGCUGGAGGUGCUGAACUUGGCUUUGAAUUCCCUCCACUGUGUCUCUGGCUUCAGCCUCACGCAGCUGCGAGUUUUAAACCUCAGCCACAACGCCCUGGAGCUCUUCUCCUCUGAGGAGGAGGGAGCGGAGCCCUACCUGCUCCGAGUGCUUGACUUGAGCCAUAACAGACUCCUCUCUUUCCCAGAGCUCCCCAGAGCCCAUGAUCUCACACACUUAAACCUUUCCAACAACCUCAUUUCUUCCCUGCUCCCAGGCUCAGCCCAUCCCAGGGAGUUUGUCCUGCUCUACAAGGAGAUGCAGAGGUUCAACAGGACCGUGCGUCCCGUGGCCGCUCUGACACACGUGGCUGACCUGGAUCUCAGCAAUAACCGCCUGGAGCUGUUCCCAUUUUCCUUCUUCCAAAGCCUGGGCUCCCUGCACAGCCUCAGCCUGGCAAGGAACUGUCUCCAGGACGUGGCCAGGGAGUCUGCCUCCAAUGGCACGGAGCUGUCCGUGCGCUGGCUGGAUCUCCAAAGCAACGCCCUCCGUGUGCUGCCACGCUGGUUCUUCAAUUCCCUGCCUCACCUGGAAUCCAUGGAUCUGAGCUCCAACAGCCUCCAGCCCUGUGAAAGCCAGGGGAGUGACCAGGGAAGGGAUUUGGGAGGGGAUUCUCACACGUCAGCCCCCGGAGACACCUGCACCCCCUUCUACAACGUACCUCACCUGAAGCACCUGAGCCUGUCCAAGAACAACAUCUCCAGGCUGCAGCCCCACGCCUUCAACCGGACCCCGCUGCUCUCCCUGGACCUGUCUGGAAACAGGGACUUGUCCAUGCCCAUGGGAGCACUGGGGGGGUUGGAGCUGUCCCUGCAAGAGCUCUCUCUGAGGGACAACCAGAUGGACGAGGGCCAAGCAGCGCUGCCCUGCCUGGGCACUCUCCGAGUGCUGGACCUGUCGGGCAACCACCUGAGCCUGCUGCCCACGGGGCUCUCCUGCUCCCCGCUGGAGAGCCUGGACAUUCAGAAUAACCACCUGCAGAGCUUGGGAACAGCUGGGAGCUGGUCCCACAGCCUGAGGGCAGUGUUGGUGGCUGGGAACCCCUGGAGCUGCUGCUCUCUGGGCUGGCUGGACACGCUGCGUGCGGCCGGCGUGGCCGUGCCGGACCUGCCCCAAGCCCGCUGUGUCUUCCAGGAGCACGGCCGGAACAUCUCGGCCAGGAUCACCAACACUCCCCACUGGAUCUGUCCCCAGCCCGAGGGCGCUGCCUCCCUGGCUCUGCUUGUGGCCCUGAUGAGCCUUUCCCUCCUCACUGCCUGGGCUUUCUGCCUCCUGAGGAAAGGACGGAAGGCUCCGGGAUGUGUGGGGCUUGGGAGCAACAGGGUGGGAGUCUUCCAGCCCCAUCCCAAAGGAAAGGGGCCAGCUGAGGAGAGGCCAGCUGACAGCAUCACCCAAGUGUAGCCCAGACCUGCAGCCAUCGGUCAGAACUCUAAU